AGGCCCAAGCCGGGAGACAGAUCUCAGCAAACAUGGUGGCGCUGGGGUUUGUAUUGGGGUUGUUGCUGCCAUUAAUGCCGCGGGCCCACACGAGCGCAGAUGUUGGUUUUCGAUUUGCUUCAUACAUUGAUGAUCACAUGGUGCUACAGAAAGAGCCUGCAGGGGCAGUGAUUUGGGGCUAUGGCAUAUCAGGAGCCACAGUGACAGUGACUCUUUGUCAAGAUCAGGAAACCAUCAUGAAGAAAGUGACUCAAGUGAAAGCACACUCUAAUAGAUGGAUGGUGGUACUGGAUCCUUUGAAGCCUGGUGGACCUUAUGAAGUGAUGGCACAGCAGACUUUGGGGAGAAUGAACUUAACCCUGAGAGUUCAUGAUGUCUUAUUUGGAGAUGUCUGGCUUUGCAGUGGGCAAAGUAACAUGCAGAUGACAGUUUCACAGAUAUUUAAUGCUACGAGUGAGCUGUCGAACACUGCUGCCUAUCAGUCUGUCCGCAUCCUGUCCGUGUCUCUCGUUCAGGCAGAGCAGGAGCUGGAGGAUCUUGCUGGGGUUGACUUGCCGUGGUCUGAGCCCACCUCAGAAAACUUAGGCCAUGGGAAUUUCAAGUACAUGUCAGCAGUGUGCUGGCUCUUUGGGCGUGAUCUGUAUGACACCCUGCAGUAUCCCAUUGGGCUGAUCUCCUCAUCAUGGAGUGGGACACCCAUUGAAGCCUGGUCCUCUGGAAGGUCACUGAAAGCCUGUGGGGUCCCCAAGCAAGGGUUCAUUUUAUCUGAUCCUGUCAGUGGUCCCAGUGAACACUCUGUUCUCUGGAAUGCCAUGAUCCAUCCACUACAUAAUAUGACUCUAAAAGGUGUGAUAUGGUACCAGGGGGAGUCCAAUGCAAAUUUUAACAGAGACCUAUACAAUUGCACAUUCCCUACACUCAUUGAAGACUGGCGUCAAACCUUCCACAGUGGAUCUCAGGGACAGACAGACCGUCUCUUCCCAUUUGGAUUUGUUCAGUUGUCUUCAUUUUUGUCUCAUGCAAACUCAGAUGAUGGAUUUCCCCAGAUUCGUUGGCAUCAAACAGCAGACUUUGGCCAUGUCCCCAACCUAAGGAUGCCCAACACUUUCAUGGCUGUAGCUAUGGAUCUCUGUGACAGGAACUCACCUUUCGGCAGCAUCCACCCUCGAGAUAAACAGACUGUGGCCUACCGGCUGCACUUGGGGGCCCGAGCUGUGGCUUAUGGUGAGAAGAUGCUGACCUUUGAAGGACCCUUGCCCAAGAAGAUAGAGCUCUUGGCUCACAAGGGACUGCUCAACCUCAUGUAUUCCCAGCAAAUCCUGGUGCAGAGGCAGGAUGACAAGAUAUUUGAGAUCUCAUGUUGUCGUGACCAUCAAUGCAAGUGGCUUCCAGCGCCCAUGAACACUUUCUCUACCCAGAGCCUGGCCCUGAAUAUCAGUUCUUGUGACGGCGCCCUGGUUGCUCUCCGCUAUGCCUGGACCACAUGGCCUUGUGAAUAUAAACAGUGUCCCCUAUACCACCCCAGCAGUACCCUGCCAGCUCCUCCCUUCACUGCUUUCAUUGCAAACCAGAUGCUUGGGUAUCACAGCAAGGCUGCUAAGUGAUUUAGUUGCAGUAUGGUCAUAUCUUAGGCACAAGCAAAUGACCAAA